AUGAACAAAAAAAAACCUAAUCAAUCAACACCAACAAAAAAAUCAGUACCGACAGGAUCAGCGGCAUUAAAACUUAAAGCUUCGAAACAAAUUAGUAUUCGUGGUAUUCCAUUGUUAGAAAAUGUUCAAGGAGUAAAGAAAACUUUCAAUCGUCAUUUACAUUUUACUGUUGUUAAAGAUCGUGAUGUUGCUACUCAACGUGAUUAUUAUUCAUCAUUAGCUUAUACUGUUCGUGAUCAUCUUGUUGGUAGAUGGAUUCGCACACAUCAACAUCAUUUUGAAUCUGAUGGAAAACGUGUUUAUUAUCUUUCUAUGGAAUUUUAUAUGGGACGAACAUUAGCAAAUUGUAUGAUUAAUUUAGGCAUUGAAAAUGAUGUUGAUGAAGCUCUUUAUGAAUUGGGUUUAAAUAUUGAAGAAUUAGAAGAAUUUGAAAUGGAUGCAGCACUUGGAAAUGGUGGUUUAGGUCGAUUAGCUGCUUGUUUUCUUGAUAGUAUGGCAACAUUAGGACUUUCAUCAUAUGGAUAUGGUCUUCGAUAUGACUAUGGUAUUUUUACACAACAAAUUAAAGAUGGCUUUCAAAAUGAAGUUCCAGAUGAUUGGUUAAGAUAUGGUAAUCCAUGGGAAAUAUCUCGACCAGAAUUUCUUGUACCUGUGCAAUUCUAUGGUAAAGUUAUUGAAGAAAAUGGAAAAAAGAAAUGGGUUGAAACUGAAAUAAUUCAAGCUAUGCCAUUUGAUACACCAAUUCCUGGUUAUAAUAAUAAUGUCAUAAAUACACUUCGAUUAUGGUCAGCUAAAGCACCAGGAAAAUUUAAUUUUCAAUUAUUCAAUGCUGGUGAUUAUAUUCGUGCUGUUGCUGAACAAAGUUUAACUGAAAAUAUUACUCGUGUAUUAUAUCCAAAUGACAAUUUUGAUGAAGGAAAAAUUCUUCGUUUACAACAAGAAUUCUUCUUAGUAUCAGCAUCAUUACAAGAUAUUUUAAGACGUUAUAAACAUUCCAAACCAUAUUCUGCAACAGAUAAUGCUGGAUGUGUAUCAUUCAAUUGA